AAGCCCCAACCAACCAAUGUAAAAGCUUGGAAAGAUCGAGUUGACUGUGAACUUGGACUGUCAUCUUCCCCAAACAAGUAGGAAAGAAAGUUCCAGAAUCCAUCAAAUCCCUAACGUCACCCCCACAAACACACUCUCUCUGAAACUUCCCGAACUUCCACCAUCUUUUUAACCUCUUUUCUCUCUCCUCCUUCAUCAGAUCUGCAAUACCCACUUCCCCAAAUCCCCUAAAUCUGAUCCACAUUCUUGUAAUUUUCAAAUUAGGGUUUUCAAUUUGUUGGGGUUGAAGAGGAAAGAGUUUCUACAAUGGAGGGUGGAGCUGUGUCGGAAAAGCAGACAUCUUCUUACACUUAUUGGGUGAGAGAAACGACGUCGGAGGCUGCUCCUGCGCCUGUUCCUAAGAUGCUUUCUCCUCAGGAUGUUUCCAAACAACAUGCCCCUGUGCUUGGUUCUGUUUGGAAUACGGCUGGAACAUGGGAGGAGAAGAACCUUAACAAAUGGUCAACUGAAAGGAUUAUGGAGUUGCUCAGUUCUAUUGGCUCCCUGGAGUUUACUAAUGGAAAAGCAGAAAUAAGUGACGUAUCAAAAUGUUCAGGCGAUGCCUACUUGGUGACGGUUCGUAACAAGAAACGUGUUGGCUAUACUUACGAGUUAACCAUUGAUGUCAAAGGUGAAUGGCAGGUUGGUGGAGAGAAUAAGAAGAUAAAGGGAUAUCUGGAAAUUGCAGAGUUCUCAUAUGGUGAAUUAGAUGACUUGGAGCUUACCGUGAAUAUAAGUGGAGGCAGUGAUUUGCCACACCAAGAUAAGCAGAGUAUUACCAAGGAUUUGAAGUCUUUCUUACAACCCUUGCGUGAAAAGCUGUUACAGUUUGAACAAGAACUCAAAGAGAGGUAGAAGGAUCAAUGUGCCUCUCUAUGUACUCUACUCAUUUAUUGCUCUUGCUAGUUUCAGAAACUAUGUAACAUUAGAAUAUCAAUCGAGAUUCCAUCAACCAAAUGUAAGAGUAAAAGUCUCAGUUUUCAGGGAUCUCUAGCUCAGUGCAUUUCAAUUUGUUUUGUGUACUCUAAAAAUGUGCUUUGAAUUCAAACCUUUGUUAUCUAAGAAAGCUAAAACUUCUCUUUUGUUA